CAGAUUGUCAGGGACUCCAGAGCUCAGGUCAUGAGGUCCCCAACUCUCCUGCUGCUGCUCUCAGGGGUCCUGGCCCUGAGGGAGACCUGGGCAGGCCCCCACUCCCUGAGGUAUUUCUACACCACGUGGUCCCGACCCGGCCUCGGGGAACCCCGCUUCAUCGCCGUGGGCUACGUGGACGACACGCAGUUCGUGAGGUUCGACAGCGACGCUCCGGGUCAGAGCGCGGAGCCGCGGACGUCCUGGGUGGAGCAGGAGGGGCGGGAGUACUGGGAGGAGGAGACGCGGAUCCUCAGGAGCAACACAGCGGCCUACAGAGACAGCCUGAGCAACCUGCGCCGCUACUACAACCAGAGCGCAGCGGGGUCUCACACCCUCCAGGAGAUGUACGGCUGCGAAGUGGGGCCCGACAGGCGCUUCCUCCGCGGGUACAGUCAGUCCGCCUACGAUGGCGCCGACUACAUCGCCCUGAACCCGGACUUGCGCUCCUGGACCGCGGCGGACACCGCUGCUCAGAUCACCAGGCGCAAGAGGGAGGCGGCUGGAGCUGCAGAGCACUGGAGGAGCUACCUGGAGGGGGCGUGCGUGGACUGGCUGCUCAGAUACCUGGAGCUGGGGAGGGAGACACUGCAGCGCCCAGAUCCCCCAAAGACACACAUGACGCACCACACCAUCUCAGACCAUGAGGUCACCCUGAGGUGCUGGGCCCUGGGCUUCUACCCUGCGGAGAUCACCCUGACCUGGCAGCGAGAUGGGAAGGACCUGACCCAGGACACGGAGCUGGUGGAGACCAGGCCUGGGGGGGAUGGAACCUUCCAGAAGUGGGCAGCUGUGGUGGUGCCUUCUGGAGAGGAGCAGAGAUACACGUGCCAUGUGCAGCAUGAGGGGCUGAUGGAGCCCCGAGUCCUGAGAUGGGAGCCCCCUCCUUGGUACUUCAUGCCCACCAUGCCACCGCCUCGGUACUUCACGCCCACCAUGCCACCGCUUUGGUACUUCAUCUCCACCGUGCCACCACCUCAGUCCUCCACCCCCACCGGGGGCCUCAUUGCUGGCCUGGUUUUCCUUGGCGCUGUGCUCACUGGGGCUGCGGUGGCUGCAGCUGUGGUAUGGAGGAAGAAGCACUCAGGCAGCGAUAGUGCCCAAGGACCUGAUGUGUCUCUCAGCCCCUAAAGGGCCAGAGGUGACAUCUUCACACAAACUGUUCCUCUCCUGACUGAGAAGUAUUGGUGCUUUGAGCCUUUUUCUCUUUGCAACACUUAACUAUUGUCUGUGAUCAUUCUCUCGUGAACCACCUACAGUUUUUGAAGACCUGAGCCUGUGAGAACCAUGUUUACUGUCACCUCAUUACCAGGAGUAAUUCUUCUCACAACCUCACAGUUGCCAGAGAACAGUGGGGGGUGAGGACAAGGGAGGGUGGGGCACUUGGACCAUGAUGGUGACUCUGGUGCUGGGUGGGUGUGGUGCUGUGGUGACCCUGCAAGCCUAACACAUGACCAGCCUCAUGCACCUCAAUAAAGUAUCUAUGUGUAUAUUAAAAGCUCCAGGAGUGAGUUAUGACAGGGACCCAGACAUCCCUGGGCCUGUCCUGUUCCAGGAAUGUGGGCGGCUGCGUGUGGCCGGGUCAGUUCAGGAUGGGAUUCCGGCCACAGACCUGGGCUGUGAGAAA